GACUUAUUCGGCCCUGGAUGUUUGCAGAACUUUACAGCCAGUCUCCGCCACCAGGGAGCUCACUUCUUUCAGCUUUUCUCAGUCCCAAAGUCCACUAUCAUCAUGUCUGACACAGAGGAAGUUGAGCAACAGGUCGAAGAGAUAGUAGAUGUAGAGGUGGCGCCUGAGGCAGCCCCAGCCCCAGAACCAGAACCAGAGCCUGAGGCUGAGCCUGAGCCUGAGCCUGAGCCUGAACCAGAGCCAGAGCCAGAACCUGAGCCAGUAGCUCCAGAACCAGAACCCGAGCCAGAACCUGAGCCUGUGGUGGAAGAGGUCAUUGAAGAGGAAGAGGAGAAGCCAAAGUUCAAGCCAUCCGCACCCAGGAUCCCUGAGGGUGACAAAGUGGACUUUGAUGACAUCCAGAAGAAGCGUCAGAACAAGGAUCUCCUGGAGCUGCAGGCCCUGAUCGAUGCUCACUUCGAGCUCAGGAAGAAGGAGGAGGAGGAGCUCAUCGCCCUCAAGGAGAGGAUUGAGAAGCGCAGGGCUGGGAGAGCAGAGCAGCAGAGGAUCAUGGCUGAGAAGGAAAAAGAGCGCCAGGCGAGACGUGAGGAGGAGAGGCUGAGAAAGGAAGAGGCUGAUGCUAAGAAGAAGGCGGAUGAGGAAGCCAAGAAGAAGUCUGCCCUGUCUAGCAUGGGCUCCCAAUACAGCAGCUACCUGCAGAAGGCUGACUCCAAGAGAGGCAAGAAACAGACAGAGAGAGAGAAGAAGAAAAAGAUCCUGGCCGAGAGGCGCAAGCCACUCAACAUUGACCACCUCAACGAGGAUAAGCUGAGGGAAAAGGCCAAGGAACUUCACGAAUGGUUGAAGACCCUGGAGUCUGAGAAGUUUGAUCACAUGGAGAGACUGAAGAGACAGAAGUAUGAGGUUACAACACUGCGUAAGAGAGUGGAGGAGCUGAGUAAAUUCAGCAAGAAAGGAGCCGCAGCUCGCCGCAGAAAGUAAGCGCCCACCUCCACGGCCCACGGCACGGAGACGAUUCCCAAGCCGCAGUGUUAUCGCCAUAUUUACUAGCCGUAGAUCUGCUCAGUGCUCUGCAGGUCUCUGUACCUGCUCGUUGGCAGAGAUCCACACUCACGCUUUCUCGUCUGGGACUGCUGUUUGGUUCUCAUUUCCUUUUUUCCAUGUAAAUAAAGUGUUACCCAUAAAGCCUUUGUCAGUAGGUCUGUUGUUAUUUAGCCCGAGCAUCAAUAAAGUGUUUUUAGCCCUGUCA